AUGGGGGCAGGUCAGUCGAAUGAGCAUGGCUUAUCGUCACCAGAGGAGUUGAGCCACAUCCUGGCCGAACGCUUCGCCACAAAAUGCUUCACACCAUUAGAGCUCACGCAUUUCAAGGACAACUUUUUCUCUCGGGCCUCAGAGCAGGGAGGCUUGCGAUACUGGAAUGAGAAGACCCUCUCAGACUUCCUCGGCAUUCCAGAUGGAAUCUACACCUCUUCACAGGAACAUGCAUUAGACGCGGGUCCAGUGCUGUUUCGUAUGGUCUCCUAUCUAGGCGCAUUCCCAUUUCAGAACACGCUCGCGCCGAGUGUUCUCACCUUCGAGGCUAUGGUCAAGGUCGUUGUUCUCCUGACUGAGCGCUACGAAAAAGCGCUUAAGCGGGGACACAAGGACCGGAUCAAGCUACUAUUUGGCAGUUUGGCAGAUGUAGGACGGAAGCCUUCCGUUGCAAAUAAUGAGGAAACAAAGGCCGAGGACAAUGAAGCCGCGGCUAGCAGCUCACAUGCGCUUGGGUUCUCGGUAGAUGAACCGGCGGAUGAUGAUUACGAUGAAGACGAGGAUGAUGAUCUUGCACUUGCGGCAUUGGAGUCUCUUGAUGCAAUUGAGGUAUUUAAGCAGGAUUGCCGGGUUGAUAAGACUGUUUAUGAGACGAGGAUUUCUGUGGAUACGUUCCGCCGUUUGGUCAUGCUGCUGCUGGUCAUUGCACCACUGAAUCCCUUGGAGUCGUUGAAGAUUUACACAAAUGGUCUGGACGAGCGGAUGGAAGGGGUUCAAAAGGAGGCGGACAGUAUCCUCGCGGCCUUUUCACCAGAAGAAAGCGACGGAGGGAUAUCGUACAAGGCUUUCGCCCAAACGAUAUCGCUGUCUCUGCCGUAUCUUUUCGAACCACUAACUGCUCUUUUCGAGCACAUGCUUUUCAGCAAGAAUUUGAAUCUGUCUCAACGCCGCCAACAAGGCCUAGCUACUGAGACUGAAGAACAGGAGAAGGAUGAGAGCGAAAAUACUCUUCCAUCAACGGCUUCACUUACCCUUCCGGGGAGCUUUAAGUCGUCCAUACUGAACCCAACCCUCAACGCCCAUCUCUCAUUCUUCCUCCCUUCGACAUCAGCCGGUCUCAACCUUCUCCGCAGCGGUGUCAAAUUACACCCCGUUUUCUCCACGAGUGCCCACGGCUCCUCCCUAACAUCUUUCUCUCAUCACGUCCUAACUUGGCAAUCCGCAACUCUCCUCAUCCUACAAGGCUCACUCUCAGACUCAUCGAGUGAGGAGCUAGUAACACUAGGCGCCUUUAUCCCCCAGUGCUGGAAAACCUCCACAACAAUUCCAACCACACACAAACCAUCCGACCUCCUCCCCUGCCUCUUCCAACUAUCCCCCAAACACCUCCUUCUCCCAGGAAACCCCUCCCCAUCCGUAAAGAAAGUCAACACCCCAACAGCCUACUUCUCAACAACCACCGGCAUAGCAAUCGGCUGCCAAAUCCCCGCCCAGUCCCGCACGCAACAAAAAGCACCAACCCCACACGGAGCCGGCAGCCUAAUCAUCGAUGCAGACAUGGAAACAGCCGAGCUCCAUGCCGCACCCAUCGGACACGACGGCGUCUUCCUGCCGGCUGCAAACACAUCCCCCAACGAUCGACCGACAAAUCUAAAACUCGAUCUGUACACCCUAGAGAUCUGGGGUAUUGUCCCUGAUCCAGAGGAUAGCUCUUUCUCCGCAGAUCCGAGUAUGAGUGCGAUUGAGAUACAGCGGGCGAAGUGGGAGUUUGAGGCGCGGGAAGCGGAGCGUCGGAGGAAUAUCAAUAUUAAGGCUGGGGCGGGCGAUUCGGCCGCUGAGAGUGCUAGGUGGCUUCUGGAGACGGCGGGCAUCAUCGGGGAUGAGGCGAGGUAUGCUCGUGGAGGGAUGUCUUGA